CUCGGCGCGUCUGCUGGGCGGGGCUGCGGGCCUGUGACGCCCCCCGCUGAGUCUUGUGGCGCAGCUGCUUGUGGGAACAGGAAGCUGCAGCCGCGGGCCCAGCCCGUCCUCUUCCGCUGCCGCCUUGGGGAUGGAAACAUCUGCCCCACGUGCCGGAAGCCAGCUGGUGGCGACGACAGCGCGCCAUUCCAUGUCCUACAACGCCGGUUUUCUUCGAGUGCCCUCGCGAGACGAGCUCGCCGAAAUGGCCGCCUCCGGUCAAGGAAACUUUGAGGGAAAUUUUGAGUCACUGGACCUUGCAGAAUUUGCUAAAAAGCAGCCAUGGUGGCGCAAGCUGUUUGGGCAGGAAUCUGGGCCUUCAGCUGAAAAGUAUAGCGUGGCAACCCAGCUGUUAAUUGGAGGUGUCACUGGAUGGUGUACAGGGUUCAUAUUCCAGAAGGUUGGAAAGUUGGCUGCAACAGCUGUGGGAGGUGGAUUUUUUCUUCUUCAGCUUGCAAACCAUACUGGUUACAUCAAAGUUGACUGGCAACGAGUAGAGAAGGACAUGAAGAAAGCCAAAGAACAGCUGAAGAUCCGUAAGAGCAACCAGAUACCUACUGAGGUCAAGAGCAAAGCUGAGGAGGUGGUUUCAUUUGUGAAGAAGAAUGUUCUGGUGACUGGGGGAUUUUUUGGAGGCUUUCUGCUUGGCAUGGCGUCCUAAGGAGGAUGACUUCACUUCUGUUGUUCCUGGUUUUGUCCAGCCAGCAGCCUCUACACUCCAUCAUAGGACACCGAGUCUCUCCUCUUCCUCAUCUUCUCCCGUGCCUUCCUCCCUGCCAUGGCAAUUCUGAAUGGCUUCUAUAGGCAUCUGUUGGUACAAGUUAUUACAGCCCUGCCACAAACUCGAUGGUGGCGGAAGAGACAAUAGACGUUAGCUCUCCUUCCAGUACACACCCCACUUGGCCAAUCUGUAGGUCAGCAAGAAUGUUCCUUUUCCUCCUACAUAAGAUACUUACCAGAACAUGGUGCAAGCUGGUUCACCAUGGAGGAUGAGUGGAUCCUCAAAGGUUGUCCCAAACUGUUGAUUUGGAAAAGAAAUAAGCAUAUAGCUUAUUAUGUGCUGCAUGGAAAGGAACUGAAUACAUUUGCCUUUAAGCAUGAAA